AUGAUUUCUGUUCAAAAACAUGUCAAUUAUGGUGAAGUGAUCUUAAUUGUAGGUGAUUGUCACAAAAUAUAAUGGAAUGUUUCGCAUGGAAUUUAAAUGUAAUGGAAUCAAAAUGAUAUUUGGACUGCCACAUUAGAUUCAUGUUGUCUACCUAUCAACUAUCGUUAUGUAGUUGUUAAGUAAGACAAUAGACAAAUUGUUGAAUGGGAAGAUGGAAUUAAUAGAAUCUUCAAUUCUCAUCAAGAUCUCCAUCAUGAUAUUUGGGGUCAUCUUCGUAUCACUCUCAAAUUCAUUACAUAUCUUGAUUCUAACAUUACACUACAUCUCUAUACACAUAAUGGAAGACAAAAGAUUCCCAUUAUUUCAUCUGAUGAUCAAUAUACAUCUAAUUUCCUCAUCCCCAAUAAAUCCAUUCAUCAACUUGCCUAUAAAUACCAAUCCAAUCAUAAAUGGGAAAGAGGACCUGCACGAAUGAUCCAUACACAUCCUAUCAUCAACAAUGUUAUACAUGUGACUGACUCUGCUGUCGAUUUCAAUCUUAAUUACAAUCCUAUUUUUUAAAACUUAUACGUUGGUUCAUUUAUUUAUAUUGAGUAAUUUUUAAUUUUAUAUAAUAGUGA